AUGGUGAUGACGAUGAAGAUAGCAAGGGAUGGUGAAGGCGACGAGAAUGGUGAGCAUGAGGGUAGUGAAGAGAGCUGGGAAACACAUCUCCACCUCCACCAGGAGACAAACCAAACCUCCAACAUCUUCCUAUUAAAUAUCUCGGGGAAGACGCCAUACCUUAAGUACUGCCUUCAUCAGGGCGAGGCAGUGUCCAUCAGGGCGAGGCAGUGUCCAUCAGGGCGAGGCAGUGCCCAUCAGGGCGAGGAAUUGUCCAUCAGGGCGAGGAAGUGUCUAUCAGGGCGAGGCAGUGUCCAUCAGGGCGAGGCAGUGUCCAUCAGGGCGAGGAAGUGUCCAUCAGGGCGAGGAAGUGUCCAUCAGGGCGAGGCAGUGACCAUCCGGGCGAGGCAGUGUCCAUCAGGGCGAGGCAGUGUCCAUCAGGGCGAGGCAGUGUCCAUCAGGGCGAGGCAGUGCCCAUCAGGGCGAGGAUGUGUCCAUCAGGGCGAGGCAGUGUCCAUCAGGGCGAGGAUGUGUCCAUCAGGGCGAGGAAGUGUCCAUCAGGGCGAGGAAGUGUCCAUCAGGGAGAGGCAGUGUCCAUCAGGGCGAGGCAGUGUCCAUCAGGGCGAGGAAGUGUCCAUCAGGGCGAGGAAGUGUCCAUCAGAGCGAGGCAGUGUCCAUCAGGGCGAGGAAGUGUCCAUCAGGGCGAGGAAGUGUCCAUCCGGGCGAGGAAGUGUCCAUCAGGGCGAGGAAGUGUCCAUCCGGGCGAGGAAGUGUCCAUCAGGGCGAGGAAGUGUCCAUCAGAGCGAGGAAGUGUCCAUCAGGGCGAGGAAGUGUCCAUCAGGGCGAGGAAGUGUCCAUCAGGGCGAGGAAGUGUCCAUCAGAGCGAGGCAGUGUCCAUCAGGGCGAGGAAGUGUCCAUCAGGGCGAGGAAGUGUCCAUCCGGGCGAGGAAGUGUCCAUCAGGGCGAGGAAGUGUCCAUCAGGGCGAGGAAGUGUCCAUCAGGGACAGGUCCCAGCCAUCAGGGACAAGAAGCAACCAUCAGGGACAUGAAGCAGCCAUCAGGGACAGGUCCCAGCCAUCAGGGACAAGAAGCAACCAUCAGGGACAAGAAGCAGCCAUCAGGGACAGGUCCCAGCCAUCAGGGACAAGAAGCAACCAUCAGGGACAAGAAGCAGCCAUCAGGGACAAGAAGCAGCCAUCAGGGACAAGAAGCAGCCAUCAGGGACAGGUCCCAGCCAUCAGGGACAUGAAGCAGCCAUCAGGGACAGAUCCCAGCCAUCAGGGACAAGAAGCAACCAUCAGGGACAUGAAGCAGCCAUCAGGGACAGGUCCCAGCCAUCAGGGACAAGAAGCAACCAUCAGGGACAAGAAGCAACCAUCAGGGACAUGA